AUGUCUGUAAUCAAACGUUUUUUCUCUGGAAAACCCUCGUCGUCGCAUAAUACUGAUAAAACACCUAUUAUCAAAAGCAGUAGUAACAAUGCUAUAUUAACGUCAAUUAAACAAAUUGAACAUCCAUCUAUCGAACAAAUCCCCGCACCAAUCAAAUCUAAAACAACGUCUUCAUCGUUAAAUGAUAUACAAUCAUUGAAAGCGUUAAAAUUAAACGAAGGAUCACCUCUUGAAGACAAAAAAGAAAAUCAACCUCUACCACCAUUAGUAGAGAAGCAAACGUGUAAGUCAAAUCACGAAACAAAACCAAAGAAUGAGACGUCAACGUCUUGGUCAAUAAACGAUUUUGAAAUUGGUCAACCGUUAGGAAAAGGCCGGUUUGGCUAUGUUUAUUGUGGAAGAGAAAAACGAACACGAUUUCUCGUAGCGUUGAAAAUUUUAUUCAAAACACAACUAAAAAAUUCAAAAAUGGAACAACAAGUUAAAAGAGAAAUAGAAAUUCAAUCCAAUUUAAAGCAUCCGAAUGUGUUGCGUUUAUAUGGAUUUUUUCAUGAUGAUCAACGUAUUUAUUUACUAUUAGAAUAUGCACCCGGUGGAGAACUGUAUCGUCGUAUGCAAAAAGAAAAAGUUCUAAUGGAAUCUGAAGCAGCUGGUCUAUGUAAUGCGCUUAAUUAUCUGCAUAGCAAAAGUGUUAUUCAUCGUGAUAUAAAACCUGAAAAUAUUCUCGUGGGGAAAUAUGGUAUACUUAAAUUAGCUGAUUUUGGUUGGAGUGCUGAGAGUACAACUGCAUGCAAACGUACUACACUUUGCGGCACAUUAGAUUAUCUUCCUCCAGAGAUGUUAGAUGGACGUGGUUAUGAUGAAAAAAUAGACUUGUGGUGUUUAGGCGUUUUAACGUAUGAAAUGAUUAUUGGUAAACCACCUUUUGACAGUCAAUCACAACAUGAAACAAUACGUCUCAUUCGCUCAAUUGAAUUAAAUUUUCCAAUAACAACAUCGCAUGAUGUCAGAGAUUUGAUCAGCAAACUACUUUGUCGAAAUCCCAUUGAACGUUUACCAUUAAAAGAUGUUAUUCAACAUUCAUGGAUAGUCAAAAAUGCUGAUAUUAAAUCAAUUGAAGAAAAUUAUAUUAAACGUAAAUCAACAUUAAAUAAAUAA